AUGAAAAUGGCUGGAAAAUUUGCAGUGCGUGAUGUGGCAGCCGCUCUUUCGAAUCUAAUCCAAGCAACGAAGAAUGCAUCGGGUCGCUCACUGCACGAUCCGGCAAUGGGACAUCUCAAAGAAGCAGCCAAGGUGAGGCCAGUUGUCACUGCUAAGAUUUCCUUCUGCUCUUUGGGACGAAUUGAUAGGAAAUCUGGCAUAGCUGUAUAG